GUCUGAGUGAUACGAUCACAAUUAGCCUGAGGGCUUCUAUGCAAGUAGUACUAAAGCUGAUGUCCUUAUUUGGCAAUAGAAAAAAAAAUGCAAAUUGUUAAAUGGCCGAAGAGAUAAGGUUCUCCGGUGAUUCUCGCUACGGCCAAGAAUCCAUCGAUUGAGUUAGCUUUGGCUGUACAGAGUCAUAGCACAUCUCCUCGUGAGGAAUUAGGAGGUAAGAUGGCGUCGCCAAUCGAAGGUCGUCUGCGCCUGGGCAGCAUCUCCACGCCGUGGGACGGAUGUUGGCCGCCACCACCGCCGGCCGCCGCGCCAUCGCGCCGCAUCAGGAGAAGCGGCGUCGGAGCCGAAGGCCGCCGCCGUGCCAAGGUGUGGCGGAGAGAACUGCGCUCCGCAUGCGCGUUGGCCGUCUCUGUUGCCGGGCUGCGUGGCGGGCCGUGGUGCUCCUCCGGAGGGAGGAGCGUUGCUGCCGGGAUGUGGUCGUCGCCGCUGUAGACGGCCGUGCCGAUGGAGGCCGCGGGUGCAGCCUCAACCAUCCGCAUCCAGGGGGAAAAGGGAGGAGGAGAGUGGACGAGCGGCCGCCGCUUAGACCUUCCUCCGUCCGGAAUCCGCGGCCGAUCUCAUUUAAGAGGCAAGAACAUCACAAAUUGAAGAAAUCACAUGGAUGCUUACAGUUAUUGAGUGUGUUCGAGGCUUCCAAUUGUUGAAUCGAUGGAGGCUGGCGCUGCGUUCUUCCAUCGGUUCUUCUUUCUUUGUAGUUCACGAUUGAUCAAUUCUUCGUGAGAUUCGUGUGAGCGCAUAUACAUACAGGAGAAAAACAAUUCAUUGUUAGAUUAUUAAUUGAUGAUUGCAAGAAGACAAGAUCAAUCAAUCAAUCUCCUGAUUAGUUUCUUUCCUUUUUGUACGAGGAACAUCUCGUCUCCGCCGUGAAUCGCGUGGUGGCCGAAACUCUAGUAGCCAACUUCUCCAGACUUGUCCAGUCAUCGUCUGCGGCAAUUGCAGAUCGCCGGAGUGGCCUCCUCUGGCCAUAGAGAGGCCUUGCCGUUUGCCGUCGCUGUCGUCGGCAGUCAUGUGGCGGAUUGAAGCGCCGGAGGGCGCCGCUUCGACGCGCCUACAGAGGAGGGCGUCGUCAACCAUGGGGUGCCUCAGCCGCCUGCAUCGCGCGCUGGUGCUGCGCCGCUGGAGCGCUGUCGAGGCCGAGGGUCCUUGUGUCCUUGGGGCCGGAGGGAGUCGCCGCCACAGCCGUGUAUCAGGCCGAUGGUCAGGGACGGUGGUGCCGUCGAGUUCUUGGCCUAAUUGCUCUCUGGAAGAGGCGUGCGUGAUAACGUGUUUAGAGAGAAACGAGAGAGAGGAGCAAAUGAUGGAACAGUUCUUUCAUUGAUUGAACAUUGGGGUAUUUAUACCCUCGUUA